UGAAGUGGGCAGAGACUGGAGCCUGGGGUUGCCGGAGACACCUGGGGUCUGAAGCUGGACGCGCUCAGUGUGACCCUGUUUGCAGCAUGAUGUCCGAAGAUGAGGCGGCUCAGAUGCCCAGACCCAGCGUGUGGGAGCAGGACCAGCAGAACGUGGUGCAGCGCGUGGCGGCUCUGCCCCUGGUCAGGGCCACGUGCACUGCGGUCUGCGAUGCUUACAGCUCGGCCAAGCACAGGCAUCCGCUGCUGGGGUCCGCCUGCCGCCUGGCUGAGCAGUGCGUCUGCGGCCUGACCACCCGUGCCCUGGACCACGCCCAGCCGCUGCUCGAGCACCUGCAGCCCCAGCUGGCCACUGUGAACAGUCUCGCCUGCAGGGGCCUGGACAAGCUGGAGGAGAAGCUUCCCUUUCUCCAGCAACCUUCAGAGACGGUGGUGACCUCAGCCAAGGACGUAGUGACCAGCGGUGUCACGGGCGUGGUGGACCUGGCCCGGCGCGGCCGGCGCUGGAGCGUGGAGCUGAAACGUUCCGUGAGCCACGCCGUGGAUGUUAUGCUGGAAAAAUCAGAGGAGCUGGUGGAUCACUUCCUGCCCAUGACGGAGGAGGAGCUGGCGGCACUGGCGGCUGAGGCCGAGGGCCCGGAAGUGGGAUCGGUGGAGGAUCAGAGGAGACAGCAGGGCUAUUUUGUGCGGCUUGGCUCGCUGUCAGCGCGGAUCCGCCACCUGGCCUACGAGCACUCUCUGGGGAAACUGAGGCAGAGCAAACACCGUGCCCAGGACACACUGGCCCAGCUGCAGGAGACUCUGGAGCUGAUAGACCACAUGCAGUGUGGGGUGACCCCCACCACCCCGGCCCGCCCCGGGAAGGUGCACGAGCUGUGGGGGCACUGGAGCCAGUGCCCUGGGGAGAACGGCCGCCGGAGCCAGGCAGAGCUGGAGACACUGGUGCUGUCCCGCAGCCUGACCCAGGAGCUUCAGGGCACGGUAGAGGCGCUGGAAUUCAGCGUGCGAGGCCUGCCCCCCAGUGCCCAGGAGAAGGUGGCCGAGGUGCGGCGCAGCGUGGACGCCCUGCAGACCACCUUCGCCGACGCCCGCUGCUUUGGGGAUGUGCCGGCGGCUGCGCUGGCCGAGGGCCGGGGUCGUGUGGCUCGGGCGCACGCCUGCGUGGACGAGCUGCUGGAGCUGGUGGUGCAGGCCGUGCCAUUGCCCUGGCUGGUGGGACCCUUCGCGCCCAUCCUUGUGGAGCGAUCGAAGCCCCUGCUGGACCUGGAGGCCCAGGUGGAUGAGGUCAUCGGGGGCCCUGACCCCCGCUGGGCGCACCUGGACUGGCCAGCCCAGCAGAGAGCCUGGGAGGCCCAGCACGGGGAUGGGGACGGGAACGGGGUGGGCAUCGCCGGGGACAUCUGCGAGCAGGAGCACGAGACCCCCAGCCGCCCGGUCAAGCAUACCCUGAUGCCGGAGCUGGACUUCUGACCCAUGGGCCAGUGGGAAAGCCACCUGCACACCAAGAUCGCUGCUGUCCCGAUGGCCACGUGUAAGCACGAGGCCUUGGCCUUGACCCGUCUGCAGAAUAGGGCCGAAUUCAGGAUCCCCGACCACCUUUUUCGUAUUGGUCUCUCCCAUUCUUUCCUUGGACACAUGGACAGAGUCCCAGGAAAAGCAGAGCCUCAAACGCAGUUCAGGCCAACUUGAGGCAUGAGCUGGGCUCUUCACCUGGGUCCUCCUCCCUGGCUCCAUGAAGCUCAUCAAAACCUCUCCAAGAGGCCGGGCGCAGUGGCUCACGCCUGUCAUCCCAGCACUUUGGGAGGCCGAGGCAGGUGGAUCAUCUGAGGUCAGGAGUUCGAGACCAGCCUGGCCAACAUGGUAAAACUCCGUCUCUACUAAAAAUACAAAAAAAAAAAAAGCUGGGCGUGGUGGUGCGCACCUGUAGUCCCAGUUAAUUGUGAGGCUGAGGCAGGAGAAUCACUUAAACCCGGGAGGCGGAGGUUGCAGAGAGCAGAUUACACCACUGCACUCCAGCCUGGGUAAUAGAGCGAGACCCCGUCUGAAAAAAAAAAAAAAAAAAAAAAAACCUCCCCAAGAAACACACAUUUUGCCCAAUGCUUUCUGUUUGGGGCCUUGAAAAGUGGGCCCUGACUGGGUGUGGUGGCUCACACCUGUAAUCACGGCACUUUGGGAGGCCAAGACGGAAGGAUCGCUCGAGCUCAGGAGUUGGAGGCUGCAGUGUCAUGAUUUCGCCCCUUCACUCCAGCCUGGGUGGCAGCGCAAGACCCCGUCUCAAGAAAAAUUUUUUUAAAAAAAGCAGGGAAACACACAUUUUGCCCUAUUUGGAACUUUGAAAAGUGAGCCCCCCGCCUUCCCUUGUAUCCUGGACGGAUGGGUCCCCCAAAGAUGCUUGGCCCGCCACACCCCCUUGCUUUGCUAUUUGGGGUUUGCUGCUGAAUAAAGGUGCUUUCUGAUGUCCAAA